UGAUCAGUUUUAUGUUUAGCCACGUAAGUAAGGGUUCGUGUUAACUCAUUGGUAUUGUUCCAAAAUCAUUGUUAUUGUCAAUAUCUGCCAGGAGAGCAGCUCCAGCUUAAAUCCCUCUUCUGAGUGUGUCAAAGUUCGUGGUGGCUGAUGAGAGAAUUCUCAUGUUGAUGUCAAAUAUGAGUGGAAAUGUUGAGGAUGAUCUUGAACAGUUGGAGGCCUCUGUGAGAAAUGUCAUUGAGCAAAAAUCACUCAGGUGGAUUUUUGUGGGCGGUAAGGGGGGAGUCGGGAAGACAACCUGCAGCUGUUCACUGGCUGUUCAACUAUCCAAAGUGCGGGAGAAUGUCCUCAUCAUAUCAACAGAUCCAGCCCACAAUAUCUCAGAUGCAUUCGACCAGAAGUUCAGUAAAGUGCCGACUAAAGUCAAGGGUUUUGAUAAUUUAUUUGCUAUGGAGAUCGACCCCAACGUGGGCCUCACUGAACUGCCUGAGGAGUAUUUCGAAAAUGAAAAUGUCCUCGGAGGGGAGGCCAUGAGGUUAAGUCGCAAUGUUAUGCAAGAAAUCGUUGGUGCAUUCCCUGGUAUUGAUGAGGCAAUGAGUUAUGCUGAAGUCAUGAAACUCGUGAAAGGCAUGAACUUCUCAGUAGUAGUCUUCGAUACAGCCCCCACAGGCCAUACAUUGCGAUUACUAUCAUUCCCCCAAGUGGUUGAAAAGGGCUUGGGCAAGCUGAUGCGAUUAAAAAUGAAAAUUAGCCCAUUCAUAACUCAAAUUAGCUCCCUCCUCGGUAUGACGGAUUUCAACGUCGACACGUUCUCGAAUAAAAUUGAGGAGAUGUUAGCGAUAAUUAGGCAAGUGAAUGAGCAGUUUAGGGAUCCGGAACAGACGACGUUUGUCUGCGUCUGUAUAGCUGAAUUUUUAUCCCUCUACGAAACGGAGAGACUUGUGCAGGAGUUGACCAAAUGUGGCAUUGAUACGCACAAUAUUAUUGUCAAUCAGCUGUUGUUCUUGAGCGAGGGCGAUGUGCCUUGUAGAUUGUGCCUGGCGAGGCACAAAGUUCAAGAAAAAUAUUUGGAUCAGAUUACGGAUUUAUAUGAAGAUUUCCAUGUCACAAAACUUCCACUCCUGGAGAGAGAGGUACGGGGUGUCCAACAGGUCAAAGAAUUUUCGGAGAAUCUUAUGAAACCAUACAAGCCUUAACCAAAAACGAUAAUCUAAAGAUUAUCUAUCAAUUUUUGUAUAAAAUACAAUUUUUUUAAUCAAACAUCUAUUCGCUAUUCGCUGGACAAUAUUUAAUAAACCUAUUACGCUGGAAAA